AUGCCGACCGCGACAGCACCAGUUCCCUCACUUGCGGAAGAAUCCGAGCUCCGCAAGACUAGGCUCCUUGCGCUCAGGCGGAAAAAGCUUGGGGAUAAUACAGAGGUUCCAGGCCUCCCCCAGAUCAAGCAACGAAACUUUGACGCGGAUGCUCGGAAAGUUAUCAAGAAGAAAGAUGCUACCGACGAAGAGGACACUGUGGAGAAGCAGGUCGCUGGUCUGGCGGAGUUAAUUAUUGCAGACGACGAGCAAAAGAGGGAGGAGGAGCUUGAUCUGACAAACAUCGCACCCAAACGGCCAAACUGGGAUUUGAAACGAGACUUGGACAAGAAACUUGUCAAGCUCGAACGUCAAACACAGCGAGCGAUACAUACGCUUAUUCGGCAACGACUGUCCGGUCAAAAAGAGGUACCCACUGAUCUCGCCGCCACGCUGAGCGCAGCCCAAAAAGCCAACGACCAGGACAUUGAGGGAGAAGACGCUGAUUCGGACGAGGAUUAA